AUGUCAGAAGGGUUCGCGAUCGAGCUCUACUUCGACCCAGCGCUCGAAAACCAAGUCUUGAAAGCUUGGAACGUCUUCGCUCGCCGUCAAAUCAGCACCAAACUGAUCAACACCGAGUCUCGCCCCCACAUAACCUUGUUCUCCACUCCCUUCGUCGACUCGACGAAGCUCGAACCCAUCAUCAAAUCCUUCGCGUCGAGGCAGGAGCCGCUCUCGCUCUCCUUCUCCUCCAUCGGAAGCUUCUCCAGCGACAACAACGUGCUCUUCCUCUCGCCGACGCCGUCUCUCUCGCUCCUCCAGCUUCAGGUCCAGCUAUGCGACGCGGUGAAGAAAGAAGGCGUCGAGAUCGGCGAAGAGUAUCGUCCCGAUUCGUGGGUUCCGUUCUGUCCCGUGGCGCUCGAGGUGCCUAAGUCUCGUAUGGCGGAGGCUUUCUCUGUUCUGAGGGAUUUGAAGCUUCCGGUGAACGGUUACGCCAUGGAUGUUGGUCUCGUUGAGUUCUCUCCGGUUCGUGAAGUCUUCUCUUUUGCUCUUGGUAACAAUUUGGAGUCUUGA